AUGGCUUGGUCCUCGGUGAUCUUUGGUGUCAUCAUCUUGCUGUGUACCUUCCUAGAGCCUAGUAUUGGAGGUCGCCUCAUGCCCAAGCUCGCUGACCGGAAGCUGUGUGCUGAUGAGGAAUGUAGCCACCCCAUCUCCGUGGCUUUGGCCCUUCAGGACUACGUGGCCCCGGACUGCCGCUUCCUUACCAUACACAGGGGCCAAGUGGUGUACGUCUUCUCCAAACUGAAGGGCCGAGGGAGGCUCUUCUGGGGCGGCAGUGUUCAAGGUAACUACUACGGAGACUCAGCAGCGCGCCUGGGCUAUUUCCCCAGUAGCAUCGUCCGCGAGGAUCAAACUUUGAAACCCGGCAAAAUGGAUGUGAAAACGGAUAAAUGGGAUUUCUACUGCCAGUGA